UCCCGAUGUCGCUCCUUUGACAAUCCACCGUUUCCGAAACGGUGUCGUUCUCAUUGAGGGUACCAGCAAACUCUUCUCUCACUAGUCCUGAACCAAUCAAAGCGAGGGACCUCUCAAGGGUGUUUCCGUAAUUGUCAAAAUAUCCCCCUAAAACGAUUACGCCUAGAGAGAGAAAGAGAGAAAGAGAGAGAGAGAGUCAUCAACACCACAAUCUCACGACGACAGAGAAGGAGAAACUCUUAUCAUCAUCAUCAUCGGAUCUCUAUGUGUCUAAUGGCGUUAUCAGACGCGGUUCUCGGGAAUCUUGCGACGAUCUAUGUUGCGGUGAUCAUAGCGAUCAAAGUCUACGGAUUAGUCUCCGGCCAGAGCUUCAGCGCAGGAUUCGUCGUCGUCGUCUCGAUUACGACGGUCGGAGUUUUGCUCGCGGUUACGCUCGCCUGGGACGUCUCUCGCAGAGCCGCCGACGCGGUUUCUCGGUACAACCGCGUCGUUGCCGGCGAGGAUCUAAGCCACCGUCUCAAUCACGACGGUGGUGGUGGAAUUUGUAAAGGAGGGAUUUGCUGGCACGGCGUUGCGGUCCGGUCGCCGGCUUCUCAGGUUCGGUUUAGGCUUCCGCAACAUAUACCGUACGGAGCUUUCUGAGUACAUAACAUCCUGUGUGUAUAGAUAUGAUAGAUAUAAGGACAAUGUUUCUGUAUAAUAAUAGAUGAUAUUGGUGUGAAAGUUAUAAGAGUUUUGUUUUGUUUUUUUUUUGAACUGGAGUUUUGUUUUUGUAUUGAUAUGUUGUAAUGUCUUAUAGUGAUGAUUAUAAAUGUUCUUUGUUAUUGUAAUAUCGAUUUCUGAGCAAUAAAGUUGAGAGUUUUUUUUU